CUUUUCUACGGGACUCACCACAGAGACCUGACAGACUCCACGACAGCUUCUCGAUUGGACUUCUCAGGAUUACUUGAAAAUGUUUACGGGUCCUGCCACAAAAAAAUACUGAGUGAACUAAGUUACCCAAUCAUGAGAAACCAUCUGAUUGCUCCACGGGACUGAAGACAACAGACGAGCAUAACUUUAUUAAACUUUGUAUUACAGUUCGUGCUGUAAUAUUACGUGGAAUUACAAAGUGUGUCGUCUUGUGGGACGUUUUUCUUUUCUUUUCUUUUCUUUUUUAACAAAAUCGCUGAGAACAACAAAACUGAAGGACAAUUUAAUACACGGUUAGUGUCCGAUCACUUUCUUACGAGUUACAACUUUAUUUGGGGAUGUUGAGCUCCGUGAAGAUGGAAUCACAUGAAAUUCCGGAAUGGAAUCCUUUCUACAGCGAGGCAAGCGAAAUGUAUUCCUCUCCGAGCGCCAUGAACUCAGUGAGCAGCUUGAACAGCUACAUAAAUCUGAACUCGGCCUGUUCCGCAUCCAGCAUGAAUAUGGGCUAUCCCAGCUCAGGUCUCAACAGCAGCCCAUUGGCCAGCAUGGGUGGAGGCCCCAACCACAUGAGCCUGUCCCCUGUAGGCUCCUCUCUGAACCCCAGUUCUCUGACCCAGCUGGGCUCUUCUGCCUCCUCGCUGGGUCCCCUCUCGCAUUACCAAAGCAUGGGCCAGCCUAUGUCCCAGAUCAGCUACCCCUCUCCUACCUCUCUUAACCGGACUAAGGAGAUGCCAAAGCCCUACCGUCGCUCUCUAACCCACGCCAAGCCACCGUACUCCUACAUAUCCCUCAUCACGAUGGCGAUCCAGCAGUCCAACAGCAAGAUGCUAACCCUCAACGAAAUCUACCAGUGGAUCAUGGAUCUGUUCCCGUACUACCGCGAGAACCAGCAGCGCUGGCAGAACUCCAUCCGCCACUCUCUGUCCUUCAACGACUGCUUCGUCAAAGUGGCACGUUCGCCCGACAAGCCCGGCAAGGGCUCCUACUGGGCGCUGCACCCCAAUUCCGGGAACAUGUUCGAGAACGGCUGCUACCUGCGUCGGCAGAAGCGCUUCAAGAUCGAGGAAAAGUCUGGGAAGAAGAGCUCUACGAAAUCCCAGGAGGGCGGUGGCAAGGGCGGGCACAGCGGUGAGGGCAUGCAGGAGGAGCACAGUCCCGCCACCGGCUCCGAAGGUGCCGACUCGGCCCACUCCGACAGCUCCCAUGCCGGAUCAGCCUCGGAGGAGCAGCAGAGGAGCCUGGUGCAGAUGGACUGCCCGUCUCAAGCACCCAGCCUUUCACACACCUCGCCAGUGCCAAUCCCGUCUUCGGUGUCCUCCUCAAUGCCCCCGUCCGCCUCACACCUGCACUCUCAGGGCAUGGGCGGCAGCCCUCACCUGUUGGGCAGCCCGAUGCAACACCUGGACCUGCAGAACGACACCCUGAAGUCCAUGGACCCACACUACAAUUUCAACCAUCCGUUCUCCAUCACCAAUCUCAUGUCCAACGAGCAGAAGAUGGACCUCAAGUCGUACCAGGACCAGGUGAUGGCUUACAACAGCUACACCACAUCUUCUCCCAUGGCCGCCAAACAGAUCUAUGACAGCGCUGGUCCGUCCGCCAUUGACUCUGGUGCGUAUUACCAGACCCUCUACAGCAGGUCUGUCCUCAACGCAUCCUAAUGUGCUGACCAGCCGUUUGAACUCCACAGACUCUUAAUGGCAGGACAUCUUCAACUUCAAGAGCUUGCUUUGCCAUCAGUAACUACGUUUCCGGCACUCUUAAAAAUAAAGGUUUCAAAACGAGGGGUUAGCAGUGAAUCCAUAUAAGAAACAUCUUCGG